AAGGAUGUAUUGUAAGAUCGGAGCGCGACGAGACAGUACAUUAUAAAUAUUAUAAUAAGUAGUGAUGGUGUACUUGUAUUUAGUGGGACUGGCAGUUGCCUUAUAUUAUGUUAAUAAGUGGAUACGAAGCGAUGAACAGUUUGAGAAAAUUCCAGGCCCGCCGGGACUUUAUAUUGUUGAAAAUGCUUUGGACUUUUUGAUGGACCCUGUUACACUGUUUUAUUACUUUAGGAAGCUGGGCAGUCAGUAUAAGCAGUUUUUUAAAAUCAAACUUGCAUCCAGGAAAUUUAUUGUGAUCUGCAAUCCUGAGGAUACCGAGGCGCUUAUAUCUGGCACGAAAUACAACAAAAAAGGUUUUCUUUAUGGAUUUAUAGAGCCAUGGCUGAAGGAAGGGCUGCUGUUGAGCGAUGGAGAAAAAUGGCAACAGCGCCGGAAAAUUCUGACGCCGACUUUUCAUUUCAACAUUCUACGCCAUUUUAAUACGAUACUAGCAGAAAACUCACGAAAAUUGGUAAAACAACUUGCUACCGAGGUCGACAAAGAUAAAACAAAUGUUUCCACCUUUAUUACUGAAUUCACGCUGCACUCAAUAUGUGAAACUGCAAUGGGAACCAAGUUGGAUAGUGAGAGCAGCAGCGCCGGGCGCACCUACAAGGACGCUAUCAUAAAACUAGGAGUGUAUGCCGUACACAGAGCACAGAGAGUGUGGCUGUAUCCCGACCUUAUCUUCCCGUGGACUCGGCUCGGACGCAAGCAGCAGAAGAUCCUGGACUUGAUGCGCUCCUUCAGAGACAGCGUCAUCGAUAAAAGGAGAGAGUCUAAUCAAUUCAAAAAUAUGCUUCUCGAAGUAGCGAAUGACAGCGAUGAGCAAGAAAUAAACGUGGCGGGUAAAAAAAGACUAGCGAUGCUCGAUCUUUUACUGCAGGCCGAAAGAGAUGGUAUUAUUGAUGCAAAUGGAAUUGGAGAGGAAGUAGACACGUUCAUGUUUGAGGGCCAUGAUACUACCGCAACAGCUCUUCAGUUUACUUUGAUGUUAUUGGCCUGUUAUACGGAUGCACAGGAUAAAGCUUUUGAAGAAUGCAAUCAAAUAUUGAAAACUCCUGAGCAACAAGCAACGAUGUCGGAUUCGUCCCAAAUGAAAUAUCUGGAAUGUUGCAUUAAGGAGUCGCUGCGGCUUUAUCCCCCGGUGCACUUCAUUAUGAGGAAGCUCGAUCAGCCUUUAAAAUUGAAUACUGGCGGAAUCGAAGUGCCGGCGGGCUCGGACUGCGCGAUUCUACUGUGGGAGCUGCAGCGGCGGAGCGACCAGUUCGUGGAGGCGCUGGAGUUCCGGCCCGAGCGGUUCCUGCAGCCCCCCACGUGGCAUCCCUACGCCUUCAUCCCUUUCAGCGCUGGACCCAGAAACUGCAUAGGUCAAAAGUUCGCGAUGAAUGAGAUGAAGUACGCUUUAUCCGCAAUACUGAGAAACUACAGGCUGCUGCCAGUGUCCACUCCUCAGAAUAUCGUGUUCAUCACUGACUUCAUAUUACGUCCAGUUAAUCCGAUCUAUGUUAAAUUUGAAAAUAGACAUCCUUGACUUCAUCCUUAAUGAUU